AUGAAAGAAAAAAAAAAGAAAAGAAAAUGACACAGAAAAAAGAAAGAAAAUCAAGAGACGAGUAAACAGUGGAACGUAUUAGACGAAUUUGUCCGUCGAUUGAUGAAAACUAAUAAACUAUGAUAAACCUAUGAAAAAUAUUUCACUAACGAAUGAGAGAGAGGGAGAGAAAGAGAAAAAAAUGGGCCAAAAAAUUAAUGAAAAAAUCGAAUUUCGUUUACGUCGGCCGCCGAGACACGAGAGGACGCACAAAAGAGGAAGAAAAUUAAAAAAAAAAGGACAAUCUGAAGGACGAACUGAAAGGUGUUACGGAUAUGAGAUCUCGUAAGAGCGACGAUCGAUGGAACGAAAAUUUGUCGAAGAACGAGACGAGAAAUCCGAGCGACAAGAAGACGAAGGACGAUAGGGACGAAACCGUUAUUACUUGGAAGAAGGAUUUGGAGGAAAAAAAUAAAAGGAUCAUGGAACUCGAGGAGGAGAUGUCUACGAUGAAAGAUCUUCUUGAUAAUAAAAAUCAAAUGGAUAAGUUUGAAUAUACGAGGGAUACGAGGAACGACGACGAGUCCUGGAAAAAGGAAGUCGAAGCUAAAAAUCGUAGAAUCGUCGAACUUGAACAAGUUAUGGCGUCCUUGGAGAACUUUUUAAAGGAACACACCGAUACCGAGGGUAUCAGGGAACUCGAAGCGAUCGUCGAAAGGAAAAAUAUGAGGAUCGAUGAACUCGAGGAUACCGUGGCGGAGUUCGAAGAUUUUCUUAAAGAAAAUCCUGACGUUAAAGAGUUACACGAUUUACGCCAGCAGGUAAACGUAUCCGAACGUAGGAUCCGUGAGUUAGAGGAUUGGAUACGUAGAAAUGACGGUACUAAUGCUGACGGUGGAAUAGAUCGUGCAAGGAUCAUGGAACUCGAGGAGAUGGUCACCCAUUUGGAGGAUUACGUUAGGAAACAUAACGUUGACGUACUCAAACAGAAACUUCAAGAUCGGGAAUGUAGAAUCGAACAACUUCAAGGUCGCGUCAAUACUUUGGAAAAGGAGCUGAUCAAGUUCGAAAGGGAUUUGGAAGGUCAGAAAACAUUCACGGAGAGUACAAAAAAUCGUAUGAAAGAUUCAGCGAAUGAUCCAAUAGUUAUCAGUAACGAUGCUAAUAAACCGAACGAACUGGAACGAUUGAUAUCUGAAAAAAAUGUGAAAAUCGAUGAGCUGGAGAAACGAAUCGUCGAGUCGAAGGAUCAAAUGAACGAUAUGCAAAGGGAUAUCGCUAGAUUAGAAAAAGAAUUGAGCGAGUACGAGGCAGAGGAUAUUGGAGUUUUAAAGGAAGAGAUAAGAGUGAGGGACGAGAGGAUUUUGCAAUUGGAGGACGAAAUCGAUUCCCUUGAAAGGGCCUUCAACGAGGGAGUCGAUCUCGAACAGAUCGAGGAACUCAUGAACGUUAUUAGCAGAAAGCAGGACAGAGAACGUCAAUUUGAAAAGGAUAUUGAAAGUAAAAAGAACAGAAUCGAGGAACUUAGUGAGGCACUUCGUGAAAGUGUCGUCAUUGCCAGCGACGGUGAGAGAAGAUUUCAACGUGAAGAGAAGUUGAAGAAGAAUGCCCUUGAAAGAGUCGCAAAACUCGAGCAAAGAAUAAUUUCUCUACAAACAGCCUCGGCUUUGAAAUGUCCUACGUGCAAACCAUUGCUUUCUAAGCUUCAAACUUCGGAGAAAAUGCUUCAACGUCUGACCGAAGAGAGAAGCAUUCAAUUGGAAGAUCUUCACCAAAUGAAACAAGAAGCCUUGAAAGCAGCAGUUUCCGAAAAGGACGCACACUUAGCAUUGCUCGAACUUUCCGGCAUAAAGACGGCUCAACAAGCCGAUCAGGCUGAUAAAUUAAAGGCUGAGAGAAAGAAAUUAAUCGACAGACUUAAAAGAGAAGAUGAAAGAAGCAUAGAAAUGUCUUUGGAAACGAGCCCAUUGGAUUCGGAUACGACUGUACAAGUGCUUGCUGAAAUACUCGAAACAUCUGAGGACGAAGAGAAAAAGGAUGCAGACGAAAACGAAGAUUGUGUCGAUAAGACGAGCUCUCGUAAAUCAGAGAUCACCACUACCAAUGGCGACAGCUGCGACCACACAACGAUGGAUUCGAGAGACCGAGAGUGCAAGUAGCAGCUAUUAACCAAACAGCAUCAGCAAACAAACACAUCACAACAGGAUUAUACCAGAUAAGUACACGGAGACGCUUCCACGGUAUAUUUCAGUGUAGAAAGAAAAAGAAAAAAAAACACCAUUAAGAUUGG